UAAGCUUUUGUGGGUGAAUAUGCAAAUGCAAACAGAAAAGGAAACCCACCACCUACUCUGACCUUUCCUUCUCCUUAACAGCACCGCGCGGCCGCGGCGGCUGCCGGCGGGCGGCAUCCUAUAUCUAGAUUUCUGAGCAGUAUAAGCAAGCGAUGGCAGCUAACUUAAAUCUGGAACUUUAAAUUUUCACUAAAAAACCACCCUUAGGUGUUACACAGAGUGUUUUUUAGAGGUUUGGUUAGGCUUUUGUGAAAUUUAUGGAGUGGAGGGCAUCAUCUUGUGAAUUCAUGAUUCGAUCCACUGAAAUUGAAAAUAGAUUCUGGUGCAUGGAUGAUGGGCGGAGGAGGCAUCAUAUCUUCUUCAUUGCCAGCGCACCAGCGGCUUCAUGAGUUUGCCAAAACAGCUCUCAUCAAAAUCUUUGCUUCCCCUUAUGCAAAGGUUUGUGAUCUGUACUGUGGCAGUGGAAGUGACACUGACAAAUGGUAUGAUGCUCAGAUUGGGCAUUACAUUGGCAUAGAUUCAUCGUCUUCUAGUAUCAGUGAAACUCGUGAGAUGUGGGAAAGCCAACCCAAGCCUUACACAGCUGAGUUCUGUGAGUUGAACCCUUGUGUUGACAACUUAGAAAUGUAUCUGCAGGAUAAAGGUAUCCCAGUAGAUAUUGUUUGCUGUUUGCAGCACCUGCAGCUAUGUUUCGAGACUGAAGAUAAAGCAAGAACCCUUCUGCACAAUGUAUCUACACUCCUAAAACCAGGGGGAUACUUUUUCGGAAUUACUGCUGACUCAUCAACCAUAUGGACAAAAUACCAGAAAAAUGUUGAAGCCUCGCAUAACAAGGGAAUUGGUUUGAAGCCAACCACGGUUCCAAAUUGCAUACGAUCAGAGAACUACAUAAUUACAUUUGAUGUUGAAGAAGAGAAGUUUCCAUUAUUUGGAAAGAAAUAUCAGUUAAAAUUUGUCAAUGAUAUUUCUUCGGAAACACAUUCUUUGGUACACUUCCCCAGCUUGAUCAGGUUGGCGAGAGAAGCUGGUCUGGAAUAUGUGGAGAUACAAAAUUUAACAGAAUUUUAUGAUGAUAACAGAGCAAUCCUUGCAGGAAUCCUCCAUGGUUAUGGUCCGAAUUUUGUGGAUCCCCGUGGCAGGCUUCUUCCUAGAUCAUUUGAUGCUUUAGGUUUAUACGCGACAUUUGUAUUUCAGAAGCCAGACCCUGACAUUGUUCCUCCGAUCACAACUCCCUUGUUUCAAGAUGGAAAUCCCAUUCAAGAUGAACAGGACUGGAUGGCAAGUAGUUGGAGGCAACAUGGAUCAUCUUUGGAUGAAGAUAGGACCGGACACACAGAGACAGCCCUCAAUAUCAAUCCACCAAUUGUGGAGCAUGACAAAGGGAUAUUGGGUCCUGGCCCACCAGAUCUACGUUUUUCAGAACCCUUUUAAGUUGUUUAAGAUUAUAAAUGUGAUAAUGUACUUAUUUGUGUGGGUUUGACAAUUGAUGGGCAAUAUGGUCAUGUUGUGUGGGUCAUAGUUCACAUGAAAAUUGAUAGACAAUAUGGUUGUGGUGAAUUUUAAUGUGAUAAGUCAUGAUUUGAUGCUAGCAUUUUAUGAUCUAA